AUGAAAAAGAAAGCGACACUAGCAGUCACGACGGCUAAAACGACUGCUUUUGAACACUUAUAUGAAGAGCUCGGGUUCAAAGGCGGGCAUAGAAAGUGGUAUAGGGUUGCCAAGAUGGGAGAGAGGAGGGCCCGUGACCUAGACCAAGUGAAGUGCAUCAAGAAUGAGAAUGGCAAAGUAUUGGUAGAAGAGGCACACAUUAGACGGAGAUGGCAAGAGUAUUUCCAUAAGAUCUUGAAUGAAGGUGGGGAUAGGGAUAUCGUGCUAGGGGAGUUAGAGCAGUCCAUGAUGUGCAGAGAUUUCAGGUACUGUAGGUUUAUAAAGGUUUUAGAGGUUCACGGGGUUAUUCGUAAGAUGAGAAAGGGAAGAGCGACGGGGCAAGACAAGAUUCCGGUGGACUUUUGGAAGACUGCAGGAGAGGUAGGUAUGGAAUGGCUAACUAUAUUGUUUAAUGUCAUAUUUAGGACGGCUAAAAUUCUAGAGGAGGGGAGGUGGAGUACUAUGGUGCCGUUGUAUAUGAACAAGGAUGAUAUUCAGAGUUGCAAUAACUAUAGGGGUAUCAAGCUUUUAAGCCCCACUAUGAAAGUUUGGGAGAGGGUGGUUGAAUUGCGGAUCAAGAAGAAUGUGUCUAUCUCUGAGAACCAAUUUGGAUUCAUGCUGGGGCGUUUGACUACAAAAGCCAUCCAUCUUGUAAGGAGAUUUUUGGAGCAAUAUAGGGACAAGAAGAGCGAAGUUCUGUGGAGAUGCUUGGCGUUAGAGAUGUACCUAUGGCCUAUAUUAGGGCUAUCCAGGACAUGUACAAUGGAAUCGAAACCCGGGUUAGGACAGUAA